AUGCAAAUUGUUGAUGCACUGCGCUUGGGUGAGAGAAGCAAAGCUUCCAAUCAGCUUUUGAAUCUUGGCCGUGGGAAUGAUUUGUUAAGAGCUGAUGAUUUCGUCUAUAUUCUUAAUUACCGUGCAAAGUCACCUGAUCCAUUGGAUGACCAUGCUGUUAAUGCAGAUCAGUGCACUACUUUUGGCUUGGGAGUUGGAGAAGAAAAUGUUGGAAUGGAUAUGCUUGAUAUACAUAUUAGCCAGCCUGUUACGAAAAUUUUGAGAUGGUCGUUCAGUGAUGUUAUUCAUCCUUGUGCACGAUUAAGAAAUGGUGGCUUGGCAGAAGAGUUGAUCCUACAGUUAAGAAUUAUGCAGCAGAGAAAUUUGAAGCUGUAUGAUUCUACUCUGGCAAACCUUUCUGUAGGUUGCAGCAAAGUGCUAGAAUUGGAUUUUAGCUGUGUCUCUGCUGGAUCAAAUAUCUGAAUGUUCAUAUCCACAUCCUUUCAA